AUGUCUACUCCAUUGUUGCAAAAGGCCCCAGGUAAGAGGAUAGCCUUGCCCACCAGAGUGGAACCAAAAGUGUUCUUCGCUAACGAGCGUACUUUUCUAUCAUGGUUGAACUUUACCGUUAUGCUCGGAGGUUUAGGUGUUGGUUUGUUGAACUUUGGUGACAAGGUAGGCCAGAUCAGUGCUGGUCUUUUCACGCUGGUAGCGAUGGGUACCAUGAUAUACGCAUUGGUAGCGUACCACUGGAGAGCUGCUGCCAUUAGACGCAGAGGGUCCGGUCCAUACGACGACAGGUUUGGCCCUACAUUACUAUGUUUCUUCCUCUUGGUUGCAGUUGUGGUUAACUUCUUCUUGAAAAUGAAGUACCAGAACAACGAUGCGUGA